AUGGGGCCUGAGGUCACUGAUCUUCUGUCUAAAUCCAAAAAGGCUGGGGGUCUGAAGAUGCGAGAAGACCAACAUCAGGGAUUUUAUGUUGAUGGUCUGAAACGUGUACCCUGUGAAAGCUAUGCACAAAUUGAAAAGUUGAUAGAACAAGGAAAAAAAACAAGAACAACAGCAUCGACAAGCAUGAAUUCAAGCAGCAGUCGCUCCCACAUGGUCAUCACCAUUCAUUUCAAACAGAUCUUCUUAGAUGAUGAUAUCACCAAACAAUCAGUUAUAAACUUGGUGGAUCUUGCUGGCAGUGAAAGACAAAAAUCAUCUGGUUCUGAAGGAGAUCGCCUAAGAGAAGGAGCUUGUGUUAAUCUUAGCUUAACUACCCUGGGGAAUGUAAUCAGUGCACUUGCUGAGGCUACAAUGGGCAGGAAAGUUAUACAUAUUCCAUAUAGAGAUUCCGUCCUGACAAAACUUCUGCAGUCUGCUCUUGGAGGAAACAGCAGGACUGUUAUGAUUGCUGCAGUGAGUCCAGCUGAUAUAUGCUACGAGGAGACUUUAUCUACACUAAGAUAUGCUGAAAGGGCAAAGAAAAUUAAAAACAGAGCAGUUAUUAAUGCAAGUCCCACAGAGCGUCUUAUCAAAGAGCUGAAGGCAGAAAACCACAAACUGCUGUCCCGACUGACAGGACUGGGGAGCUCAGGAAAGAAGGUGGAGCAGGAAACAAAAGAACUUCGGCAGUUGUUUGCAGAAAAUAAACUGCGGAUCCAGGCAAUGCAUUCAGCUUGGGAACAUCAGCUACAAGAGGCCAGGGAAGAAUGGGAGCAGCAGUUUGCUGCAAUAACACAGGAGAGGCGUAUGAUGCAGUCGUUUCCUUACCUGCUGAACAUUAAUGAAGACCCACAGCUUUCUGGAGUUCUUAAGCACUUUAUAAAAGAAGGAACAUCUGAUGUUGGCCAGGCAGCGUCUAAUGAAGUGACCUUGAGAGGUCUAGGAAUUUUACCAAAACAUGCUACUUUUAUCAACAUUGAAAGCAAGGUACUUGUAAAGCCAUAUGGCAAGGCUAAAGUGAUUGUGAAUGGAGUGCCCAUUUUUAUGAACACUAAAUUGCAUCAUCUGGAUCGUAUAAUCCUUGGGUCAAAUAGCGCAUACUUGUAUAUUGGAUUUCCGGAUGAACGCGUAUGUGAAGACAUCAGCAAGUUUGAUUAUGAUUUCUUCCAGUCUGAACUGGCAGCAGCUGAAGGCUUCAGUGUAGAUAAACUGGGUGCUAUGCGCAAUAAAGAUGGCAAACCUGACCCAAGUGUGCUGGCAGUCUUCCAUGACUAUAUUAAAUUGAUGCCUCUGGUUGCUGAAGCAAAUCAGAUGAGUGAAGAACUUAUGAAGGACCUGAUAUUUGAACUAAAGGUGAAAAAUUUAGCGUUGACUGAUUCUAGAGGUCAUGAUCUUCAAAAAGAAAUAAUGGUGAAGGUGAUCAAUAAGAGCACUCAACAGGUAUGGAUAUGGUCAAAAUCCAAGUUCAUUAACAGAAAGUUUCUAAUGGAAGAACUGUACCAGAAAUUCCUGGAAGGCAACAUGACUUUGGAUCGUGACAGUGAUCCAUUUUGGGAUCCAGUUGAGGCUGUUCAUUUAGGAUCCGCUCACAUCUGGCUCCAGUCCCUAGCUUAUUGUAUGAAACUGGAGGAACAGACAGAACUUCUGGAUUCUGAAGGGGUAGAGGAAGCUAUUAUUAUGAUAAACAUUACCCCUUGCUCCAGUUGUGGAAGACCGUUCAGUGAAGAAGAUGUCGUCGUUGAUCCUCUGGAAUUAUUAGGAAGAAAAUUUUUUUUCCAGAUUCAUAUAUUUCAGUGCCUUGGUGUUCGAUGGUUAAAGGAGGCCACAGAAAGAGGAAUUCAAAUAGGAUAUCGCUUUUAUGAUGUUCCUCAGUCUGUAUACACAAAACCAGUCUGGAAAAACGUCAAUCCUGUGAUUGAUCAUAAACUGCAUUUUCUUGCAUUAAAUGUUUCUAAUGGACUCUUGAGCUACCUCCAAAAAAAUGCAUUGGUUGUAGAUCUAUGGGGCAUUCAAGAGGGUUGUCCUGAACUUGACUGGUCUCUGCUAGACACGGAGUACACAAAUGAAGGAUGUGUUUUAAUUGAUAGUAUGAAAAGUUUACUCCCUGAUCCAAACUUGGUGGCAAGUAUCAAACUAAAGGAUGAUGUUGAUAUUUCUGUGCAGCACUCAACAUAA